CUCCCCCGCCCCCGCCCCCUGCACCGGGCCUGGCGCCCCUUCCCUCCCCUGGGCCUCAGGAGCUGCCCCUGCACCCGCCUGCCCUGCAGGAUGCCCCAGCUGAGCCUGUCCUGGCUGGGCCUGGGGCCGGCGGCCGCCUCCCCGUGGCUGCUGCUGCUGCUGCUCGGGGCCUCCUGGCUCCUGGCCCGCGUCCUGGCCUGGGCCUGCGCCUUCCACGCCACCUGCCGCCGCCUCCACUGCUUCCCGCAGCCCCCCAAACGCAGCUGGUUCUGGGGUCACCAGGGCCUGGUCAUGAACUCGGAGCAGAGCAUGCGGGAAGUGACUGAGCUGGUGGCCACCUACCCCCAGGUCUUUGUAAAGUGGCUGGGCCCUGUCCUCCCCAUUGUCACUCUGUGCCACCCUGACUUCAUCCGGUGUGUCCUGAAUGCCUCAGACUCCAUCAGGCCCAAGGACAUGGUCUUCAGCAAGCUCCUGAAGCCCUGGCUGGGGGACGGGCUCCUGCUGAGCGCCGGUGACAAGUGGAGCCGCCACCGCCGCAUGCUGACGCCCGCCUUCCACUUCAACAUCCUGAAGCCCUACGUGAAGAUUUUCAACGGGAGCGUGAGCAUCAUGCUCGCCAAGUGGCAGCGCCUGGCCUCGGAGGGCAGCGCCCGUCUGGACAUGUUCGAGCACAUCAGCCUCAUGACCUUGGACAGUCUGCAGAAAUGCGUCUUCAGCUUCGACAGCCAUUGCCAGGAGCGUCCCAGCGAGUACAUUGCUGCUAGCUUGGAGCUCAGCACGCUCACGUUAAAACGGUACAAGCAGAUCCUCUUGCACGCGGACCUCCUGUACCACCUCACGCCCGAGGGGCGGCGCUUCCGCAGGGCCUGCGCCCUGGUGCACGGCUUCACGGACGCCGUGGUCCGCGAGCGGCGCCGCGCCCUCGAAAGCCAGGGUGUGGACGGCUUCCUCAAAGCCAAGGCCAAGUCCAAGACGUUGGACUUCAUCGAUGUGCUCCUGCUGGCCAAGGAUGAAGACGGGAAGGAGCUGUCAGACGAAGACAUACGAGCAGAGGCUGACAUCUUCAUGUUUGCCGGCCAUGACACCACCACCAGUGGUCUCUCCUGGGUCCUGUACAACCUGGCGAGGCACCCGGAGCACCAGGAGCGCUGCCGGCAGGAGGUGCGGGAGCUGCUGAGGGGCCGUGAGCCUGAAGAGAUUGAGUGGGAGGACCUGGCCCAGCUGUCCUUCCUCACCAUGUGCAUCAAGGAGAGUCUGCGGCUGCACCCCCCAAGCCCGACCAUCUCCCGCUACUGUGCCCAGGACAUUGUGCUCCCCGAUGGCCGGGUCAUCCCCAAAGGGAACGCCUGUGCCAUCAGCAUCUUUGGGAUUCAUCACAACCCGUCAGUCUGGUCCAACCCUGAGGUGUAUGACCCCUUCCGCUUCGACCCAGAAAAUUCCCAGGAGAGGUCUCCUCUGGCGUUUAUUCCCUUCUCGGCGGGACCCAGGAACUGCAUCGGGCAGAACUUCGCCAUGACCGAGAUGAAGGUGGUCCUGGCGCUCACCCUGCUGCGCUUCCGCGUCCUGCCCGACCACACAGAGCCGCGCAGGAAGCCGGAAAUUAUCCUGCACGCCGAGGGCGGCCUCUGGCUGCACGUGGAGCCGCUGAGCGCGGGCGCGCAGUGA